AUCAUUCUGGGCAUGCGCGCCAGAAACUUUUCGGGGUGGGAGGGGGCGGAGAGGAAGACCCUCUAGUUGACCAGUUCCCAGGCCGGCAGGCCCAGCCCACAGGUAAGAGGAGACUGUUUAUUGGAGUUGGGAGCCUAUAGGUCGCCUAGCCCGAGGAGCGCGUGACAUUAACUCAGUUCCUGGGCCGGUCACGAGUGCUCGGAGCAAGCUUAAGGCGGGAGACGGUGUCCCAGGACGGUCGCAAUCUCCCGGGGACGUCCCACGGGCUCUGGCUGCUGCUGUUCUUGGUUUUGGUGUCCGGAGGGCAGGCAUGGUGUCGGAGGAAGAGAUCCGAGCCAGGCUGGAGCGGGCCGGCCAGUCCCAUCUCCUGCGCUUCUGGGCUGAGUUGGAGCCGGCCGGGAGGGCGUCCUUGCUCUCGGAUCUGGCCCUGUUGGACCCCGAGGAGCUGAGGGAGCACUGCCAGAGAGCGGCCAAGGCCUGCGCCCAGGUGGAGGGGCCCGUGGAGGGCUUGGACUCCAGAAUGAAACCGGUGCAGCCCGAGUUCCUGGGCAGCGUGCGCAAGAGCGACCCGCAGACCCUGAAACGUUGGGAGGAGGAAGGUUUCCACCAGAUUGCUCAGAACAAGGUGGCUGUCCUGCUACUUGCUGGGGGUCAAGGCACUCGCUUGGGAGUAACCUACCCCAAAGGCAUGUACCAGGUGGGCCUACCUAGUGGGAAGACACUCUAUGAACUCCAGGCUGAGCGCAUCCGCCGAGUGGAGCAGCUGGCUGGCCAAAGACACAACACAUCUUGCACUGUCCCCUGGUACAUCAUGACCAGUGAAUUUACUCUGAAGCCAACAGUUGAAUUUUUUAAGGAAAACAAUUUCUUCCAAUUGGAUCCAGCCAAUGUGAUCAUGUUUGAGCAGAGGAUGUUGCCAGCUGUGAAUUUCAAUGGCCAGGCCAUUCUGGAGAGGAAGGACAAGGUUGCAAUGGCCCCAGAUGGCAAUGGCGGUUUGUACCGAGCCCUGGUGGACAAUGGGAUUUUAGGGGACAUGGAGCGCCGUGGAGUACAGUACGUCCAUGUGUACUGUGUGGAUAAUAUCCUCGUUAAAAUGGCGGACCCUGUCUUCAUUGGCUUCUGUGUGCUGAAGGGUGCAGAUUGUGGGGCCAAGGUAGUGGAGAAGGCCUACCCCACAGAGCCCGUGGGUGUGGUGUGCCAGGUGGAUGGCAUUUACCAGGUGGUGGAGUACAGUGAGGUGGGCCUGGAGACGGUGCAGCGUCAGGACGAGAGCGGGAAUCUGGUCUUCAACGCAGGCAACAUAUGCAACCACUUCUUUACUCGGAGCUUCCUGCAGACUGUUACUCGGGAAUUUGAGCCUUUGUUGAAGUCACAUGUUGCCAUCAAGAAGGUCCCUUUUGUGGAUGAGGAUGGAAAUCUGGUAAAGCCUCUCAAGCCAAAUGGAAUAAAGAUGGAGAAGUUCGUGUUUGAUGUGUUCCAGUUUUCAAAAAACUUUGUUGCCUUUGAAGUUCUCAGAGAAGAGGAAUUCUCUCCCUUAAAAAAUGCAGACACAGUGAACAAAGACAGCCCCACCACUGCCCGGCAGGCCCUCCUAGCUCAGCACUACCGUUGGGCCGUGCAGGCUGGUGCCCACUUCUUAGAUGAAAAUGGAGUCAGGAUCCCAGAGCAGUCCAGUACUGUAGGAACUGAAAACCCUGUCCUUUGUGAGAUUUCUCCACUAGUGUCCUAUUUUGGAGAGGGUCUGGAGGUAUACCUGAAGGAUGAGGACAUCCACUCACCUUUCCUACUUGAUGAAAAGAAGGCAAAGCUGCUGGAAAAAGCUUGAUUCAUUUCAAGACCAGAUCAAAUCUGUCUUUGGGUUCACUGGCGUGAAAUUGGUUUUUGAUUUGAAUAAGACACGAUUAUUCCUGGAAGCCAGGCUGCUCAGUCUUGGGUGCUAGACUUUAGUAGGAAAUAUAUUUAUGAUGAAAUACAAAUGCAACAAUUUAUUUUGCCAAGUAUAGUUGGCUUCCAUCAUCCAGGGCUGAUAAUUUGAGUCCUGUGCUACUGCUUCUCUUGUAGAGACAUGGAAUAAGUACUACAGAGCUAAAAAUCAUAUAUAUAUAUAUAUAUAUAUUCCUCUCUCAUUCCUCCCUCUUUUUUCUCUGAGGCUAAAAUUUUCUCUGCUGAUCAAUUCUGUUGACAUUUUUUAUAUUUCUGAAUUUGUGCUAAAUUCCUUCAGGCAAUCAGUGGAACAUAUCUAGGCUGCUAAGAAACAGUGCUGGGUCCUAACAGCAAAAUGAUGAUGUGUUGCUAUUAUGACUUACUGUUAGUCAUUGUACCUUUCACCAGCUCGGAAGCUGCACUCUGUCCUUGUACUGGAUUGGAGAUUAAUUUCAUAAAGAGCUCUCUUUGAGUGCAUUUGACCCUGGCUUCAUGGUGCCUUAUGGGCUGACAGGCCUUCUAUUUCCUGUUUAUCUACAAACCUGGGUCAAAUGGGAAGAGGGCUAUUAUUGCCCUGGCUUUCAUAAUAAGGCCAGAAGGAAACUAUCUGGAGGUUCAAGGAAGAAAGAUCACUGUCUGAUGGGAGCUCCCACUGCCUAGAGGCUCCAGCAGCUCUGCAACUACUGGGAUAUAAUAAUAUAUUAUAUUAGUCAGGAUGUAAUAAGACUUUCUUAGAAACCAAGGAACACCUCCAACUCAUUUCCCUUCAGCUGUGGGUAGAUCUUUUUUUUUUUCUGCCUCGGUGAGCAGGUCCCUGAGCUGGAACUGCUUUGUAUCUGACCUUAUGACCCUACACAAAUUGCUUGGCAUGCCUGUAUUCUGCUUUCUUCUCCUCUAAAUAGGGGAUGGUGCUAUCUCUCUACCUCUUAGGGCUGUUGUGAGGUAUGAAAAAGAGAAUGUGGCCUCUACAAACAGCACUAUUUAAUUACCCUUUCCAUUUUUUCCCCCUCGAUAAACCCUACCCUGAUGUUUUGUUCAGUGGAUGGUUCUUGCCUGGUGCCAUAGGCUUAUGCAGACAGGAGCUAAUUAUUGUCUUUCUCUUUUCUAAUCAAUUUAUGCAGUGAAAGGAAAUUGUCACAAAUGGAUCAGUUCUCGAGCCCAGAGCUUGGUGGUUCUGCAAGGGAUGGGUAAAGACUGAAUCUGGGAACAGGGAGGUAGAGAGUGUUGGGAAAGAUUUCCCUGUGGGAAGACCUUUGAAAUGCUAGGGAAUUUUUAAAAUGCUGCCCCCUUCUCUCCCUCCCCUCCCCUCCCCCCACCUCAGUCAAGCCUGCCUCACAGUAAUAUAGCUCCCAAAAAUAGGAUGGCUACUCUGUGGUUCUCCUAGGAAGAUUUCUCUUUAGAACCCUGGGACCUGGUAGGGAAAGGGGAAGUCCCUGUGCUCAGAUAGAAGGCCAGCUGGAGUUUGUUAGCCUGGAGCACAGGCACUAUCAGACAUAGGAAUAUGCUCUGCAUCACAACCACUGUCAGAGCAUUCUGAAGAAGAGUUUUGUUUUGUUUUGUUUUUAAAUAAGCUUUAAUGACAACAAACCUCCAACCCCCACCUCAAAUAACUGCAUAUAUCUUUUUCUAUACAAAUGUGUAAAUUCAGUCAAUUUUCUGUUAUCAUCUAAGAAUCUUUUUAAAAAUGUUUUAUUCAUACAUUUUGUUUUUCCAUCACAGCCAACUAUGAAUCUUAAAAAGCUGAUUUGUCAUCUCUUGUUUUAACUCUGAAUAUGCCAGACUUUGAUAAUAAAGACUGGGCUAUUAUUUCUA